AUGGCGCAGGCCACCGAAGUGAAACCACGCCUCAUGGCCGAGCCACUGCACAUACAGCGACUCGAGGCAGCAUUAAAUAUGCGCCCCUUCAUGGAGAUGGCCCGCGAGGCCCUAAAGCAGCCGUUGAGCAGUGGCAGCGGCGAGGGCAGCGACACUGAGCCGGAGACUGGCCAGGAGCAAUGCAUUGACUCGGACGAAUCGUCGACCAGGGUGGGCAUGGUAAAAAUGAAACUCAAGAAGCGACGCCGAGAGCGUCUCCUGGGCAGCAAAGAGGAGCGCCAGAGCGUAAAGGCGCAGCUUUACAACUUCAAUGAUAUAACUAGUGAUCGGGAAUGGCUGUACGAAAUAUUGCUGAGCGACACAGAUAGCGAGCCCCAGGUGAGCGACGAGGAUGAAUACGUUAAUCAAAUGCUUCGUGAGCAUCUACAGGAGCAACGCCACCGAAAGAACUAUUACAAAAAGGCCACAAACGCUCAAUACGCUUACUAUGGCAGUGGUCUGCUGUCCAAUCACGACAUUUACGCUGAGCGCCAGCAGGCAACAGUUGGCGUGCGAAAACGUCGACGCCGCACCAAGCAGGAGAUACUCUUGGCUCGUUUAGCUGAGGCGCAGGCGGGUCCCAAACCGGCCAAGCAGCGUCGCCGUGGGCGUAAGAAGCGCACCACAUUGGAUUCACCGGAGUCGGGGGAAGUGCACCCGUCCGAGCUUGGCAAGUACAGUUUUGGUGACACGCUGCCUGCGAACGAUGAGGAUGACGAAGACAAUGGCGAGGUGGACUACAAGCGCGAACUGGCCAACUUCGCGCUUGAUUAUCCUGAGGAGGAGGAAGAAAUCGAGGAAGAAGUGGACGUUGUGGGCGCUGUGGACGGACAAGUCACGCGUGUGCGUCGCCGUCGCAAGAAUCCUGAAGUAUUGGCUGCACGGCGGCGGCGCAUCUGGCAGAUCAUGUCCAAAAAGGAAUCCGGACGUGUGCAGCGCAUCAGAAGCAACAAUCACAAGGAGAUGCUGGCCAAUUGCAAGCGUGUGGCGGGAAUGUGUGCCAAGGUUGUGCGCCAGCGAGCCCUCAACUCGCAGCGUAUCAUGAAAGAGACCGUUUGGCGGGCUAAGCGUCUAACACGCGAAAUGCUCAACUAUUGGAAGCGCUAUGAGCGCGUGGAGCGUGACCAGCGUCGCAAACAGGAACGAGAGGCCGAGGAGCAGCGUAAGCAAGAUGUCGAGCUUAUCGAAGUGAAGCGGCAACAGCGCAAACUUAAUUUCUUAAUUACCCAAACGGAGCUGUACGCCCACUUCAUGUCCAAGAAGCUUGGCCAGGGCACCGAGGCGGAUCAGUUGCGGAUACUCAGCCAGUUGGACGAGGAGCAUAAUGCGCGUCUGGCUACUCAAGACGAUUACGAUGCAGGGGAAAUGAAGCAGCUGGCCCAGGCGAAUGCAGAGGCUGCAAUUCAGCGAGAUUUGGACAAAACACGCGCCUUCGAUGUACCCUUCAAGAAGGAGCAGAUAUUAGAACAGCUGCAGGAGCUAGAUCAACCGCUGCCAGAGAGCGAGCAAAUGAAGGAUUUGCCACAGCCCAAGAUGUUUAAGGGCACGCUUAAAGGCUAUCAGAUCAAGGGCAUGACAUGGCUGGCUAACAUAUACAAUCAGGGAAUCAGCGGCAUCCUGGCCGAUGAGAUGGGUCUGGGCAAGACAGUGCAAUCGAUAGCAUUUCUAUGCCACAUUGCCGAGCAUUAUGGUGUGUGGGGUCCCUUUCUGGUCAUUUCGCCCGCCUCAACACUGCACAACUGGCAACAGGAGAUGGCACGGUUUGUGCCCGACUUCAACGUGGUGCCCUACUGGGGCUCGCCGAACGAGCGCAAGAUCUUGCGUCAGUUCUGGGAGCAGAAGCACCUGCACACACGUGAGGCUAGUUUCCAUGUAGUGAUUACCUCGUACCAGCUUAUUGUCAGCGACUACAAAUAUUUUAAUCGGAUUAAGUGGCAGUACAUGGUUCUGGACGAGGCUCAGGCCAUUAAGAGCGCCGCAUCGCAGCGCUGGAAGCUUCUGCUGGGCUUCAAUUGCCGCAAUCGCCUGUUGCUGAGCGGCACGCCCAUACAGAAUAGCAUGGCUGAGCUGUGGGCGUUGCUGCACUUUAUAAUGCCCACGUUGUUUGAUUCGCACGAUGAGUUUAACGAGUGGUUCUCGAAGGACAUUGAAUCGCAUGCCGAAAAUAAGACUGGCAUUGAUGCGCGCCAAAUCUCUCGUCUGCAUAUGAUAUUGAAACCCUUCAUGCUGCGGCGCAUCAAGAAAGAUGUAGAGAACGAGCUGUCCGAUAAGAUUGAGAUUAUGGUUUAUUGUCCGCUAACCAUACGCCAGAAGCUGCUGUACAGGGCACUGAAACAAAAAAUUCGCAUCGAAGAUCUGCUGCAUGUGGCCAACGGUGGCUCCACGACUUCUGCAUCUGGCGAUGGCUCCAUUUUGGAUCGGAACUUUACCUCGAACCUCAUGAAUCUGGUCAUGCAGUUCCGCAAAGUCUGCAAUCAUCCGGAGCUCUUUGAGCGGCGCGAUGCAAAGAGUCCCUUCAGCAUGCGAUGUGCGGAGUAUGUUCUACCUCGAUUAAUCUUUCAUGAUGGACUACUGCAUAGCGCCCUACCCAGCCGCAGACACCUGAUAUAUAAUCGAUUCAACAUCUUUAAAUCGGCCAACAUGCAUAGAUCACUGUUUGAUGAUGUACACGUUGAUAGCUGCUUCAGUUUUACGCGCUUGUCGGAUCUGUCCUUGUCCGAUAUGGAGGAUUGCACCUGGCAUGGCCUCAUUGACUUCUUGUUGCACUAUCGUCACGUACUGGCCAAGCAGCCUUUGCUUGCCUACCGUCGUCAGUGGUGGCCACAUCAACGUGCUCCACGCUAUCAGCUCUUGGAGCCAACUCUGGAACGUAAGCUUGUUCCGGACUAUAUGCUCACCAACAGUGUGCUGAGGAAUUUCAUCUUUACUGCAGUGACGUCUCGAGAGAGUAGCGUUUAUGCGUUUGGCGAUUAUAUCACGGUCAACAUGCAAGAAACGAUAGAGCAUCGUGUGAUUCGCUCCAAGGUACUUAAGCAAAAGGCUGCACUGAUUGAGGAGCUCGUCGAUGGCGAUGGCCAGCCACAGGUGAAGGCAGAUCCGCUUGUAAAGCAGGAGCUAGAGGUGGAAUCUGUGGAGGUGCAGACCAAAUCGAAUGCCAAAAGCGAUGUUAAGAUGACCACGCUACAUUUGCUGCCCGAGUUCCCGCAUCGGCCGCGUAAGCCGCAGUGCUAUAAAUGCGAACCGCUGCAGAUGCCGCGCUUUCUCUACGGGCUGGGUCAACGGGUGCAGGCGGUCGAUCGACAGUUAUACUGUGAGAGCCGCGCCGCAGCAUGGGCGCACAUACGCCACAUGCAGUGCGAGAAUGCGCUGGGCAGGGAGCUUGUGGGCACUGGCUUGGCGCUCUGCAAGCCGCGCUAUGGCUGGUCGUCGAUUGUGGUGCCCGAUAAGGAGACACUCAUAACGGAUGCGGGCAAACUGUUUGUGCUAGACAGCCUACUCACACGCCUGAAGGCCGAAGGUCAUCGUGUCCUUAUUUACUCGCAAAUGACCAAAAUGAUUGAUCUGCUCGAGGAGUAUAUGUGGCACCGCAAGCACCGCUAUAUGCGCCUCGACGGCUCUAGCAAAAUAUCUGCUCGUCGCGACAUGGUCGCUGAUUUUCAAACCCGCGCGGAUAUCUUUGUCUUUCUGCUCUCCACACGAGCCGGUGGAUUGGGUAUUAAUUUGACUGCAGCUGAUACGGUGAUCUUCUACGAUUCAGAUUGGAAUCCCACCGUUGACCAGCAGGCCAUGGACCGAGCCCAUCGCCUGGGCCAGACCAAACAGGUGACAGUCUAUCGGCUCAUCUGCAAAGGCACCAUCGAGGAGCGAAUUCUGCAGCGGGCACGCGAAAAGAGCGAGAUACAACGCAUGGUUAUAAGUGGCGGCAAUUUCAAACCCGACACUCUCAAGCCCAAAGAAGUCGUCUCGUUGCUUUUGGAUGAUGAGGAAAUCGAAAUGAAAUAUCGCCAAGAAGUGAAGCUGCAGGUGAAAGAAGAGACACCCUCCACCUCCUCACCCAUCCCAACAGCAACAACAACAGCGGCAGCUGCAGCUGUAAAUGAACGUAAACGACGCAAGCCAAAUAAGGAUGCUAAUAUGGGCGGCACUACGAUUCCAGCAGACGAAGCUGAUGGCGCACAAUGCAGCCCAGCUGCCAAGCGCAUUAAGCAGGAGGAAGAUAGCAGCGCUGACAUGGGCAGGCCUUCAUCCACAUCCAGCGGCGGCACAGAUACCAACAACCAAAUACUCGGCCAAGAGACUUAUGUGCCCGGUGCGACGCGUGUGCGAAGCCAACAACAACAGAAACAGUCACAAUCGGCCAACGAUUCCGAUAAUGAGGCUUUGGUAGUGGACGGCGAUUGUCCAUCGGGAAUGUCUCAAACUGAUUCCAUGAACUUCCUGGGCGAGUUUAGCAGCGUGCCGUCGAUGCGGCGGCGGCACCACCCGCGUGGCACGAAGCGCGGACGACCACGUGGCAGCACGAGGCGCGGCGGUGGCCAUGGAUCGCUGCAGCGCGUGCCAACGCCGAGCUCGCCAGCGGUUGGAGCGUUGAUGGCAACGGGAAAGAUCAGCUCGCCGCGGCCACAGCAGGAAGCGGGCAAUGCCGGCGCAAGUGGCGAGGCUGCAAGUGGUGCGACCGUGCCCGCUCACGAGGAAGACGUUAAUCGCAAUUUAAGUGCUACUCCAGGCGCAAUGGGCACGCCAGCCACCGCGGUGGUCAAGCGAGGACCGGGACGUCCUCGCUCCAAGACCGCAACGCCUGUGAGUCGUGGCACGCGGGGUGCACCGCGGGCACGCCGGCCCAUGGGGCCGUUGCUGGUGCCACUGGGGCGCAGUCCGGAUGCCACGCCCCCUGGCAGCAGUCCGGCCACAAGCCGCGCGCCCAGCCCCACGCCGCACGGCGAACGCAGCGCCGGGGCACUCGAUUAACUUGAACAAUUCCAGUGCGGGAACAGCAGAAGGAAGCCAAAGCCUUGCAGUCACUGUGAAUGGCAUUAAAGGUUCUCGAAUCAGCUUGAAAUUUGUUGAAAAUGAAUGAC